GACCAGAAAAAUAACAAGUAAUAAUAAUUAAUGAUACAUACACUUAGUACUCAGUCAUCGUAUAUUUGAAACAAAGAAAUAUGUAAUGACGCAGUUGUCUAUCUAACGUCCGUUAUGGAAAUUGACGCAUCACAUUAAGUGUUUAGUGUUUUAUUAAUAAAACAUCAAUAAUGGCAGCAGCCUUGGCGAACGAUUCACCAAAAUAUCGGAACAGUCUGAUAUGCUGCAGCCCUCGCAGCGUGGAGGAAUCAAUAUCAUCAUCUUCCACGUCCGGUUGUGUAUCGGCGGAAGAGAGCAUCGACUCCAAUUACAUUCCAAAAUCAAUUACAAUCAAAAACCUAAAAAUCGACAGUACAGCGACGCGCGAAGAGAUCGAAAAGGCGAUAAUCCAAUGCAAAGAGCUUGUUUUAAGCAGCCCCCAGUGCUCCGAUGAACGUAAAUGGUUAGUCCGAUAUUUAGUUGAACUAAGAUUACGCCUUGAGGACUUAAAAGACGCAGAUGGACAAAUAAGAAGCAAAGUUACAAUUAAAGGACACCAUUUCGAACAACAAACGAAUAUAAGUAAUAGAAAGCAGUACUGUGAUCAUUGUAGUGGGGUUAUUUGGAGUAUUGUUCAAAGCUCUUACAUAUGCAGUGACUGUGGUUAUGUGUGCCAUUACAAAUGUGUUGAUGAUGUAUGUAGAGUCUGUGCACAUGUUGUUAUGACAGAAAAGGGGCAGUUUGAAAUGCAUAUCUGCCCGGAAAAGGGACUUGCAGCCCAAGAUUAUAAGUGUGCUGAGUGCCAAACAACACUUACAUUUAAAGACUCUUGGAAUGAGCCUAGAUUGUGUGACUACACAGGCAUGUAUUUCUGUACUACAUGUCAUUGGAAUGAUCUAUUUGCUAUACCUGCAAGAGUAAUUCAUAAUUGGGACUGGGACAAGCGAUGUGUAUCUCGGCUUGCUUAUCAAAUGCUAUCUAUAUCUUGGACACAGCCGUAUGUAGAUGUAGAGAAUGUUAAUUGCAAGUUGUUCAGCUUCAUAGCUGAAUUGGAAUGGGUGCACAAAAUGCGCAAAGACUUAGAAUGGAUGAAGAGAUAUUUAUGUGCAUGUCCAGAAGGAACAAGCCUCCUAUCACCACUAUUUGUACAACUUGGGGAUGUGAAUAAAAAGUACAGUAUGUCCCACUUACAAGCAAUCAAUGAUGGAAGUUUAGAAACACAGCUGACUGAGUUGACAGAGAUUUGUAGAGCUCAUAUAACAAAGUGUCGAUUAUGUUCUGGUAAAGGUUAUUUAUGUGAAGUGUGCAGCAAUAAUGAGGUUUUAUAUCCCUUUGAUAGUGGAGCAAUAAUGUGUGAUAGAUGCAAUUCAAUGUACCAUAGAGGUUGCUUGCUUCGUAAAGCUCAGAAAUGCUUGAAAUGUGUACGUAUAGAUGCAAGGAAGAAAUGUAAUGUAGAAGAUGAUGUUGAUGCAAAUUUGGAGUAUGAUAUCGAUAAGUUUAUUCAGUAGUAGUACUAUUGAGUGAAAAAUUCAGUUUAGAUUCAUAAAUAUUGAUUUUUUUAGAAUUUGGUUACCUCAUUGGUAAAUUUAUUGUUACAAAUGUAGCAUUAUUUAUAUAUAUAUAUAUAUAUCUUAUAUUUUAAAAUAGUUUGACAACUGCUCUUGUAUUUGUAACAUUAGGAUACAAAAACUUACUGUAGUAAACAUUUUUACACCAUACAAUUUAAUUUGUAUCUUUUAUUAGAAUUCUGCAAUUCAAUUUUUUAAUUUUAAUUUUAUUACGCUAACACACAUUUUUAUGUUCUCACUGUAUAUUAAAAUUGUCUAGAUUGUUGUAUAAGGCGCCUUGUUUGUGCGCCGUGGAACAAUGUUGAAUGUUUCUCAUAUGAAAUAAUUUUACACACCUCUUUUGAAUUCAUAAAAUGCUUUAUUAAUUGGUGCUGAUAGUUUAAGCUAAUUUUAAAGCAUAAUAAACACAUUUUGAUGAAACUAAUUAAAUAUAUAAAUUGGCAGUCCCAUGCUGGUAGUCAGCUUAUAAGCACUAGAAAUGCAACAAACAGAUGCAAAGUGCCACAUUAAAUUUAGCAUAAAUGCUUUAAUUAACAUAAUAUUAUUCGACUAACAUACAUAUUAAUUUAAAAAGUUUUUGGUGAGAUUUUUUUGUUGAUUUUGGUGAUUAACAACUACUUUGACUUAGAUAACAAUACAUGUACUAACACAUUUUAACCAGUAGAAUAAAAUAUUAAUGACUUUUAUCCUUGUGAAUACAAUUUGACAAUUGGUUUUAUUAUACAUUAUU